AUGAGUAACAAUUCUCAAAGGUCUCCCGCCCACCCCGAGGGGGAAUACCUAAUCAAUGGCGACAAGACUGAAACCCCAUUCCUUCCAAAUGAUCCCACUGUCGGUUUCAAAAUGAACCACAUGAUGAUGCGAAUCCAAGAUCCAGCCCGCUCAUUACGCUUCUAUGUUGACUUACUCGGCAUGCGAACCGUAUUCACUAUGAACGCUGGUCCCUUCACAAUCUACUAUCUCGGCUACCCCCAGAAACCAGAACACCAAGAAGAUCUGACAAAAUUCGGCGAGGACACGCUCGCAAAUCUUGUGCAUACUCUUGGGCUUCUAGAGCUCUAUCAUAUUCAUGGCACUGAAAAUGAGCCCGCUGGUCUGUACAACACCGGCAAUCAACCUCCAAAUCUGGGGCUUGGACAUUUAGGAUUCACGGUUCCGGAUGUUGCAAAAGCUUUGGAACAUUUGAGGUCGCAUGGCGUAGAGAUCGAGAAGGAUCUGGGGGUGGCCACUCGGGAAUCUAUCCCCUUGAGUCAUUGGGAGGCCCAACGCGGUAUCGGACUGGGCGCUGUCCAUCCGGCUUACAAGAAAAUAUUCGAACAAAUUGCUUUUGUCAAAGAUCCGGUAAAUUCUUUUCUAUCAUCCGGCAAGUCUGGGGCUAAAGCAUUCUAG